AAAUCCAAGCAAAAGCACCGGAAGUCGACUUCCCCAUCGCCGCAUUUAAAAUGAUCCCUCUCUAACGAAUCCAUUGAAAUAAAGGAAAAAAAAUUCCCAUUUCGUUCAGUCCUCUGAAGUCGCUUCUAAUGGCGGCGGCUUCGUCGUCCUCGGCCGACCCCGGGCUGACGAAGGUGGAGGCCGCGGCGAGCGGAGGCGGGGAGGGGUCGUCGGAGGGGAGACGGGCGGCGGCGGUAGGGAGCGAACAGCUGAGCUUCGGGGGGCUGAAGAAGGCGAGGAAGGAGAGGGUGUGCACCGCCAAGGAGCGGAUCAGCCGGAUGCCGCCCUGCGCCGCCGGCAAGCGGAGCUCCAUCUAUAGAGGAGUCACCAGACACAGAUGGACAGGUCGAUAUGAGGCUCACCUUUGGGAUAAAAGUACCUGGAACCAAAACCAAAAUAAGAAAGGAAAACAAGUAUACUUAGGUGCAUAUGAUGAUGAGGAGGCUGCUGCUAGAGCUUAUGAUCUUGCUGCUCUGAAAUAUUGGGGUGCUGGGACGCUUAUUAACUUCCCUGUUAGCGAUUAUGCGAGAGAUCUUGAAGAAAUGCAGAUGGUUUCGAAGGAAGAAUAUCUUGUGUCUCUUAGAAGAAAAAGCAGUGCUUUCUCACGAGGGUUUCCUAAAUACCGUGGACUUUCCAGGCAACCUCAAAGUACCCGAUGGGAUGCAUCACUUGGACAGAUGAUUGGAAAUGAAUAUUUCAACGGCUUGAAUUGCAGUACAAGUAGGGAUCCAGCUACAGAUGGAAAAUAUGCUGGUGGCUUUGGCAUGGAGAGAAAAAUUGAUCUAACAAGUUAUAUCAGGUGGUGGGUUCCUAAGAAAACACGUCAGUCAGAAUCAACCUCCAAUGCAGAUGUUGGUAGAGAACUCAAAACUCUAGAAUGCUCAAUACAACCCACUGAGCCAUACCAGCUGCCUUCUCUUGGCCUUCCUCGUGAAGGAAAGCCUCGUGCACAAGGUCUGUCUGCAUGCAGUAUCUUAUCAAAGUCGGAAGCCUUUAAGAAUUUUGUAGAGAAGUCGUCAAAGACAUCAGAAAUGAAGGAUGAUACUUCUAACAAGGAAAUGGACCAUGGGAAGGCGGAUCCUCUCUUAUUUUCUGGUGGUGGGCUUGAUAGAUCUGGAGUCACCUUAGGCUUGAGUGAAUUGGUUGUCCAAAGAACUCCAUACUCAUUUUCUCCUCUUCUCUCUGCACCAUUGAGGACCAGUUGGAACUCUGUUGAUCCAGUUCCAGAUCCUGUAUUUUGGACAAGUCUUGUUUCACCAUCCGAACAAUCGAUGACAACAACGUUUAGAAAGAAUGAUGUAAGUUCUUCAUAUUCAUAUCAAUGCCCGGAUUGAGGCAUAAACGGAACUGUUGCAGACACUGGACUUGCUUUUCAAGGUUUGGCAUCAUCAGAGUAUCUUACCUUGUUUCAAGGAUACAUAUCAGCUGUAAUGUAUAUUAACUGACAAUGCAUUUGUGAUGUAUUGGUAGCAUGUAUAAUUUUUAAAAAAAACAUCACGGUUUGUAUACCAAUUCGUUAUUUACAGACAUUUUGAGGUGUCCUGGUAGAAAUUAUAGUCUGCUUGUUUAUAAAACCUGAUAGCCUCAAAGAAAUAAACUGCUGAGAAAAUAUAGUCAGUUGAAUACUGA